CCAGAGCACAAGCGGAGUCGCCGGGAGCUGGGGGCCCUGGUAGCUCCGGGCAGGGAUCACACCGGAAGGAUGCCGGUUCGCAGGGGUCACGUCGCGCCCCAAAACACUUACCUGGACACCAUCAUCCGAAAAUUUGAGGGGCAGAGUCGAAAGUUCCUGAUCGCCAAUGCUCAGAUGGAGAACUGUGGCAUCAUUUACUGCAACGACGGCUUCUGUGAACUCUUUGGCUACUCCCGUGUGGAGGUGAUGCAGCAGCCAUGCACCUGCGACUUCCUCACAGGCCCCAACACCCCACGCAGUGCCGUGGCCCGCCUGGCACAGGCCCUGCUGGGAGCUGAAGAGUGCAAGGUGGACAUCCUCUAUUACCGCAAGGAUGCCUCCAGCUUCCGCUGUCUGGUGGAUGUGGUGCCUGUGAAGAAUGAGGAGGGAGCUGUCAUCAUGUUCAUCCUCAACUUUGAAGACCUGGCCCAGCUCCUGGCCAAGAAGGGGAGCCACAGCCUGUCUCAGCGCCUGUUGUCCCAGGGCUUCCUGGAUUCGGAGGGUUCUCACAGUGGGCCGGGCAGACAGGGUCCCGGUUCAGGCCGAAUCAAGUACAAGACCAUCAGCCAGAUACCGCAGUUCACGCUCAACUUCGUGGAGUUCAACCUGGAGAAGCAUCGCUCAGGCUCCACCACAGAGAUUGAGAUCAUUGCACCCCAUAAGGUCAUGGAGCGGACCCAGAAUGUCACCGAAAAGGUCACCCAGGUCCUGUCCCUGGGUGCCGAUGUACUGCCGGAAUACAAGCUACAGGCACCACGCAUCCACCGCGGGACCAUCCUGCAUUACAGCCCCUUCAAGGCUGUUUGGGACUGGCUCAUCCUGCUGCUGGUCAUCUACACAGCCGUCUUCACACCGUACUCAGCCGCCUUCCUACUCAGUGACCAGGAUGAGCCCCGGCGUGGGGACUGUGGCUACACCUGCACCCCACUCACCGUGGUGGACCUCAUCGUGGACAUCAUGUUCGUCGUGGACAUCAUCAUCAACUUCCGGACCACCUAUGUCAACACCAAUGAUGAAGUGGUCAGCCACCCUCGCCACAUCGCCGUCCACUACUUCAAGGGUUGGUUCCUUAUCGACAUGGUGGCUGCCAUCCCCUUUGACCUGCUCAUCUUCCGAACCGGCUCUGAUGAGACCACAACCCUGAUUGGGCUGCUGAAGACAGCACGGUUGCUGCGACUGGUGCGCGUUGCACGGAAGCUGGACCGCUACUCUGAGUAUGGAGCGGCUGUGCUCUUCCUGCUCAUGUGCACCUUUGCGCUCAUCGCACACUGGCUGGCCUGCAUCUGGUAUGCCAUCGGCAACGUGGAGCGGCCCUACCUUGAGCCCAAGAUUGGCUGGCUGGACAGCCUGGGCGUGCAACUUGGCAAGCGCUACAAUGGCAGUGACCCAGCCUCAGGCCCCUCGGUUCAGGACAAGUACGUCACGGCUCUCUAUUUCACCUUCAGCAGCCUCACCAGCGUGGGCUUUGGUAACGUCUCACCAAAUACCAACUCUGAGAAGGUCUUCUCCAUCUGCAUCAUGCUCGUUGGCUCUCUCAUGUACGCCAGCAUCUUCGGCAAUGUAUCGGCCAUCAUCCAGCGCCUGUACUCUAGCACCGCGCGCUACCACACGCAGAUGCUACGUGUUAAGGAGUUCAUCCGCUUUCACCAGAUCCCCAACCCGCUACGGCAGCGACUCGAAGAGUACUUCCAACACGCCUGGUCCUACACCAACGGCAUCGACAUGAACGCGGUGCUGAAGGGCUUCCCCGAGUGCCUGCAGGCCGACAUUUGCCUACACCUGCACCGCGCGCCCUUGCAGCACUGCCCAGCCUUCCGCGGAGCCAGCAAGGGCUGCCUGCGCGCUCUCGCCGUCAAGUUCAAGACGACGCACGCGCCGCCGGGAGACACACUGGUGCACCUGGGCGACGUGCUCUCCACGCUCUACUUCAUCUCUCGUGGCUCCAUCGAGAUCUUGCGCGACAACGUGGUCGUGGCCAUCCUAGGGAAGAAUGACAUUUUCGGGGAGGCCGUUAGUCUCCAUGCCCAGCCAGGCAAAUCCAGCGCAGAUGUUCGGGCACUGACCUACUGCGACCUGCACAAGAUCCAGCGGGUAGACCUGCUAGAGGUGCUGGACAUGUACCCCACCUUCGCGGACAGCUUCUGGAAUAAACUGGAAGUCACCUUCAACCUGCGGGAUGUAGACGGGGGUCUCCGGUCAUCACCCAAACAGGCUCUAGGCAGCCUAGAUCACCAAGGCUUGCCUCUCAAUGACAACCAGGCAGGUGAGUAGAGUCAGCCCCUUCUCCGAACACCUCACACGUGGCUGGCUUCUGGCCUGAGUUGCUGCAGCAAGCGCCCGCAAGGCAUAGCCCCUCAAACCUUCAAGGAGCUCCGGACAGCUGGCCUCAGGAGCUAGGCUCCAGGCUUGAGCAGCUGCAGGACCAGAUGAACAGG